UGGAGGAAAACAAAUACAUCACUUCUUAACAUUUAUAAAUUAUAGGACAAAGUGAAUUAUUGAAAGUGUAAGAACUUAACAUAACCAAUUUGGUUUCAAAGCAUUAAAUAGUUGCAGGUAGUGUGAGCUGGUAAAAUAAUGGAUGAUUUAAAAGAUAAAAGUAUCCAUCUAACAGUGGAAAAACUUUCUGAGGAGAUUCAAAACAUGAAAAUAUACAAGGACUUUUAUACCGAUUUACAGAAGUUAGCAGCAUCUCCAGCAGUCAAAGAGGAUAACUUCAAAGACACUCUUUUGGAGGCCAUGAAGGAGUCUGGGAUGGAGACAGAGUUGAGGAACACCGUGUUUCAUUGGAUGAGAUCCCACAACAAUCAGAUGCAAGUAACUGCCAACUCCUUCAAAGAACCUCUGGCAUACCUAAGGAAAUCCCAGAUGCAAUGGGAGAAAAGAAUUCACAAGUCAUUAAACUCUAUGUGUACUGAAAUAGGAGUUUCUCUAGCUAGGUUUCGAUCAGCUUCUGAUAGAGAUGAACUUGAUGAAAAAUGGAAUGAGCUAAGCAUUUAUGAUAUAGACUUGACUCCAUACAGACCAGUGUAUGCACCAAAAGAUUUCCUUGAAGUUUUGCUUUGGAUCAGAAGCCCAAAUUACAGGCCAAUUGAUGCAUGUUAUGGCGGAGAAGGAAACUGGGACUUUACUCAAAUUCCCUUGAAAGUGAAAACUCUAGCAGAAUUGAGACAGUUAUAUCAGCAGAUAUCAAGAGGGGAGCCAUUGCUGGGAGUCAACCCUAAUAUGUGCUCUUCAAGCAGUCAUUACCUGACAUUAGAUGCAGAACGGACUGCUCUUGGAGAAAAAGUGCUGGCCAGUAACCAUGCACCAGUGGCACAAGAGUUCCUAAAGAGAGGGGCGCCACGCUGCCUACGGGGGCGACUCUGGGCUCAGGUCAUGGGCUCUGACAUUAAACCUGUGCACAGAGAAUAUUUUGCUGAGUUGAAACAGUCAGUAUUACAAUACGAUCUCAUGAUUGACAAGCUCAUAAUCAAAGAUGUUCAGCUGACAGCCUCCAAUGAUGAUCAGUACUUUGUGUUUGAAGACAUGCUUUAUCAGGUGUUGCUGUGUUUCUCGCGAGAUACAGAGAUCUUGUCGGUGUUCAACCACAGUUCCAGCAGUCCGAUCCAUGGCAUCCUCAAGUCUAAGCCUGCGACUAUUGAUAACACCGUCGUCUACCCUCCCAGCGGUGUCAUCCCCUUCCAUGGCUUCACUAUGUAUGCAACUGCAUUUUGCUACCUAUAUGACGACCCGUGUGCAUUGUACUUCACAUUUAGAGCGUUCUAUUUGCGCUACUGGUUUCGCCUGCAUGAGGUCAGCUCCCAUGAACAAGGAAUCCUCUCGCUAUGUCUCUUGUUUGAGAGACUCUUGCAGCGUCAUGAGACUCAGCUCUGGGUUCAUUUCAAGCUCAUCAAUGUCCAACCUAUCCGAGUGGUGUUUAAGUGGCUAAUGAGAGCGUUCAGUGGUCAUCUACCCCCUGAACAGCUACUGUACCUGUGGGACACCAUCAUAGCCUACGACUCACUACAGGUCAUCCCUCUACUAGCUGUCUGCAUCCUCAGCUUCAGGAGGGAGAACUUGCUGCAGGUUGACACACUGCAGAAUGUCGAGGCAGUACUUGCAGACUUAUCUUCUCUUCAGGUCAUGCCUCUAUUACAGAUUGCCCUCAUGAAAGACAGCCACUGGCAUUCAGAGUAGUUUUUACUAUUGCCAAAGUAUGAUUGUUUAUAUACAAUAAUAAGUGUAUUUGUUACUUUAAUUUACAUAAUAUAUGUUCA